UUUGCUGUUGGUUCCACUUCCACGCGUCCCGAAAUUUGCAUUUUGCAGAGGCAGACACAGACCCUUCUCAAAAUCGUGGUGCCCAAGCCUCUCUUUCAUUUUCCUAUUAUAUAUAUCAUUACGUAGCUAUUAGUUCCCGUUAGGCCUUACUCCAUUAGCCAUCUUUUUUCUUUUCUCUUUUUAAAUUACUUACCGGCAGUUCUUUUUGAUGCUCUGUACUGUACUCUUUUGCUUCUAGUCAAUGUUUUGCUUUGAAAAUACAGUUUUUUUCCAAGGUCCAGAGGUACCGCUACUAAAAAGGGUUGAUAUUUAGGAGUGCCGAAGACAGUAUAGUGUAGGUACAUUCUUUGGUUAAUAGCUUCCUUUGCACUCUUUAAAAACCCAAACCUUACCUUAUUAUUGUAAGGUACACUGUACACAUUUGCAGACAGAAAAAGAGAAAAAAGAAGGAGAGAGCAGAGUGGGUUUUGGCCGUUUUACACAGUGGGUUUUUCUUUUUCUUUCGAGAUUUCAUAUCCUUUCUUUCUAGGCUGAAAAAUGUUGAAGAUGGGGUUUCUUCUCUUCAACCUCUUCCUCCUCUCUUUUCUGGGUCUUACUGGUGCAGGUCAAGAAUCCAUUCAACUACUUAAUCUUUAUGAUGCAACUCCUGAGGUUAUUCAAGCAAUGUCUCAUUCAGCUCAUCCACUAGCUAUAUCUGUGAGUCUUGAAGACCUUACUGGAGUUUCAAGCAGUGUUUUGAAGGCUGAGAAUUGGCUUAGAACCCAUGUUCUAGCUCACUUUCCUGCUACUAAGAUCACUACUAUUGUUGUGGGUAGCACUAUUCUCUGUCAAAAUGAACAAGAUCACAACUUGGGUAUGAUUCUACCAUCUCUUAGGAACAUCUAUUACUCACUUACUAGGUGGGGUAUAGAAAGAGAAGUCAAAGUUUCUGCUGCUUUUUCUUUUAACUGUUUUAACCCAAAUUCUAUACUUAACAAAGAUGAUUUAGCUGAGAAAGUUAUCAGACCGUUGCUACAUUUUCUACAUAGUGUAAACUCUACUUAUUCUAUAAACCUUCCUCCAAAUCUCUCUUCUUUAUCACAUGAAGCAAUGAACUUGCUCUCUUCUAAAACAGAAUCAUUCAAAAAGUUUGGAUCUUUUGGCCCGAACAAGAUCAAUGUGGUAGUUAACAGCCAAAGACAUAAACUACUCAUGAACAGAAAACUCUCAACUGUAGAAUCCAAGAUUGCAAACCCAUUUCCUGCAAGACCAACUCCAUUACCAGAAACCUCACAACCCCCAAUCCAUUCCUCAAUUGGGUUUUCAGUCCCUGCCAAUAUAGCCAAAAACCCUCAUCCUCCACUAUCUUAUGCUGCCUCUCCACCACCAUUGUCCUAUCCCCAUGCCUCUCCACCUCCAAUGGUUUUUCCUUUUGCACCGCAACAGCCUCCUUUUGCUGGUCCACCCGCAGGAGGACCGUACGGUUACUUGCCUCCUUGUAAUCCAGCUGACACAACAAUAGCACCAGCACCAGCUCUGGGAGGUAUAGUGCAGGAACUUUGGUGUGUGGCUAAGCCUAGUGUUCCUGCAGAGACAUUGCAAGAAGCAUUAGACUAUGCUUGUGGUGAUGGUGGUGCUGAUUGUGCUGAGAUUAUGCCUAAUGGAAACUGUUUCUAUCCUGAUACUGUUGUUGCUCAUGCUUCUUAUGCCUUCAAUAGCUAUUUUCAAAAAAAUAAGAGAAAUGGCGGUAGUUGUAGCUUUGGAGGUACUGCUAUGCUAAUCACUAGUGACCCAAGUUUUCUUCAUUGCAGGUUUCUCCUCAGCUAGAGAUAGUCAAGCAAUUAUGCAAGUUAGAAAUAGAGAAUAUUAAUGGUUUUUGUUUUGGUACAAAGUAGAGCUGGUAGGGUAUGAUUGGAAGGAGUAUCUGUCUACUUUACUCUUACUAUCUAGUAAUUACACUAGCAGAUGGCAUGUAGAGAUUGUCUUUCAGGAAAUUUUGUUGUGUUCUGUUUAUUUAAUGUAGCUUUGGUGGUGCACAAAAAUGCUCUUUUGAGUAGUAUCUUUGAUAGAUCAAACCAUGUUAAUUUUCUCUCCAUUGAUAUCAGAGAUUGCAUCUCUAUAUAUUUGAUCCUCUUUUGUUCA